AUGGUGGUGGUGCUUCUUUAUGUGGAUGAUAUAAUCUUGACGGGCAGUAACUAUGAUGAGGUUGCUCGUCUACAAGAUGAGCUAUCGCUUCGCUUUGAGAUGAAGAAGCAUGGUGAACUUGGAACUUUACUUGGUUUACAAAUCGAAAAUUUCGAUAAAGGUUUAUUUGUAUCGCAGAUCAACUACGCAAAGAAGUUGGUAGAAAAAUUUGGUAUGACUGAUGGAAAAAAGAGCUAUACUCCUCUCAACGAGCCAAGGAAACCACACCUCGAAGAAGCGAAGAAAAUUUUGAAGUAUAUUAAUACAUCAUUAGAUAUUGGUCUACUAUAUGAGAAAUAUGCGAAAAUUGUCUUGCAAGGAUAUGUAGAUGCUGACUUUGCUGGAGAUCGAUAUGAUCGAAGGUCCACAUAUGGGUUUGUUUUUCUUUGUGGAAACACUAGAAUAUCUUGGAGUAGUAGGAAACAAGGAUCGGUAUCAUUGUCUACAAUAGAAGCGGAAUACAAAGCAUCAACUCACGCAGCACAAGAGUGCAUAUGGCUUCGUAGACUCUAG